AAACACCUAUGGGGCUCGAUUCUCCGCACGCUAACUAGGUUUUGGGUGGAGGAUGGCUGGCUUCGUUAACUAAUCCUUGGAUCCUCCAGAACCAGAACCAGAGCCAGAGCCAGAGCCAGAACGGUCUUUCUCUUUCUCUCGACAAUGCUUUUGGUCUCUACAAUCCUCGAGGUUCCAGUCCAGUUCGCUCAUUAUCUCGGUUUCUGAUUUCCGCUUGUUUGUUUUCGUUCUUGAGUGGCCUUCUGAUAUACCACUCGUCCUCCGCACUCAGAGUGUCACAUGAAGAAAGACAGUCACAUGCUUCAACCUGUCUCAGCAAAUUGAUUGCAAAAUAAUCCCACCACCAGUAUAAGACGAGGAAAAAAAGAGGGAAAAGCAACAUGCCAUCUGCACAACCACCAGCAUCCCUCGCCUCCAGCUCCUCCGAACCCUCCUGUUCUCCCAUUCCCGCCAGCGCAAGCACAACAGCAGAGGACGCACAUACUCGCUCCUCCACCACCCCCACCGGCCCCUCAUCCUCCAAGCAAGCGGCCGUCUCAGGCGCAAGCACAGGCUCAGCGACAGACCGGGAUAAACCACGCCUCACAGAACAAGAAAAGAAGAACAAUCACAUCGCCUCGGAACAGAAGCGGCGCGCCGCGAUUAGAGAGGGCUUCGAUCGGCUUACGGAGCUGGUGCCGGGGCUGGAAGGCCAGGGCCGGAGCGAGAGCAUCGUGCUCCGCAAGACGGUGGAUUUCAUACACAUGAAGCUACAGGAGAGACAGGAGCUUAUUGCUGAGAUCGAGAGUAG